UCGGUCGGUUUAGCUAUAUAAAGGCGCGGGUUUGCACAACGAGGCAGUCGCAGCACAGCUUCGAACGUUGCACAAUGUGGUGUCAGUUUUCAGCGUUGGCUUUGCUCUGCGCCGCCUCCUACGUCUGUGGGGCGGAUGUAAAGGACAAACGGCAAGUUGGAAGCAUCGCGUUGCAGAAGGACGAUCACCAGGCGGCGGAGACAGGAUUCGGGGGGCCGGCGGCGGUCCAUUCAGGGAGCAAAUAUUUCCAGGAUAUGUACAUGGCACAGCACUCCCCUGACGAGAUUGAGUUUGGCCAUGUGUGUGAAACACCGGAGGAUUGGGAACAGAGAUUCGAAAAAAUCAAUUUUCACGACCGUUCGCAUCAAGGAAAGGUGAGGUGGGGCGAUAAGCACGGAGGGUACGGCGAGCACUACUGGGACUACAACCAUGCCGGUCAUGGUGGCGACGGUGGCGGCGAAGAAAGCCAGCAGAAGGAAGAAUACGUAGCUUAUGAAGAAAGCCAGCAGAAGCCGAACUAUUUGCCCAGGGGGAAGCGCCAGCCCAGUUUGGCCGGAGACGUGGAGUUCAUCAAUGGUAAAGCCAAGUCUUUGGUGUUGAGUGGUUUGACGGGGAAGCACGGCGGGAAUUACAAGAGCGAGAGGGACUACGAGAGAGGGAAGAGGGAGCACGGCAAGCUGAAUGGGGAGGAUUUGGUGUACGACCAGAAGUUGGGGCUGAUUGUGGAUCAGAAGAGCGGGAUUGCUUACGAAUUGAAACCGAUUGUUGAAUAUUGAGGGUAGUUUGAUAGGUUUUGUACGUUGUUAUUUAGUUUGUAAUAAAUUUUCUUUUAUGUGA